UGGCGCCUGCGCAGUUGGAGCGUUCCCGGGCGGAAGAUGGCGGAAGUGUCGGACAGGACGUUGCAGCUGGCGGUCGUCUUGUCCUUCACCUCGGGGUUCAUCGUUGGCUGGCAGGCUAACAUCUUGAGGAGGCGAUUCCUCGACUGGAGGAAGAAGCGGCUGCAGUCGAAGCUGAUCGAGACACAGAAGAAGCUGGACUUGGCUUGAGAGGAAGGGAAAUAACCCAUAUUCACAGAGAAGUUCCUGGAACGUUGACAAUGGCUGUGAGGAAACUGAAAUAAUCAACUUUGCAAAACAACCAUGCAAAGUACAUUUUCAUAUUUGCAGAAAGCUAUUGCUUCAGCUCCUUUACGUGGUACACAGGAACUGAAAUGCUGCUCUAAAGCCUUGAUUUUUAUGUGCAAAAUAUGAACUGAUUUAAAUCAUGUAUAGAUUUUAAGUAAGAUUUUUUUUUAAAAAAGUUAAUGUCUGUAUUUUUGGGUGACAAAUACCCUGAGUUCCUAGAAUAUUUUUCACUCUUAAACAGAAUUUCUAUCAAAUGAACAAAUCACCUGUUUCAAAAAAAAUCUAACAUGUCUGGCUGAAAAAGUCUAAUAGAUGUUCUCAAACUUUGUGUUAAAAAUCAUCUGCACAGACUGAAUUUAAAUUUACCUAUGCUUGUGAUUUGGGGACAAACAAUGGAAUGGUUUAAAGGGAAUUCGCUUCUGGAGUUUUAUUUAUACUAGUUUUUUUUUUGUCUUCGUGGGGGGAAAACGGUCCUAGUUUUGAGCUGGGCUGCUAGAUACUUUAAUUUUUUUUUGGUGAUGUACUUUGCAAAC